CAAGGCCAAAAGCCAGAAGUGUCUUCCAGGUCUGUUCUGUGGGAGCAGGAGUAAAAGUGCUUUUUUUCUCAGGUGCAUGAGCAAGGAGCUGAAUAAAAGGUGGAGUAUCCAUGACUCAAACUGGUGCCCAUGUGGGGUGCUGGCGCUGAAGGCAGGAGUCUUGCCCACUACACAUAAUACCAGCCUUCCCAGUCUGUCGCGAUCUCUCUCAAAAACACUAUGUAUUAAUUGUGUGUUUUCUGAUAUUUAUUCAGCUUCCUAAAUAAAGUAAGAAAUAUGUACAAUAUAGGCAAUAAAUAAAUGAAUGGUUCUCUCAAAAAGUAGCAUUUAGAUUGUGGUCCAUAACACAUAUUCAGCAUUCAGAAAGACUGUAUCACUAUCGGCUCCCUUUUAUUACGUUUGUUCAGGACCCUCCUUAGUCUGGCUGUGCUCAGGACACGCUUAUGGUCCUCUGUGCUGUGUACUCUUGGGGAAUAGAUGUGAAUGUCCUGUGUUUGCCCCUGGAGCAGGUAGAACCUCCUUAGGCUGGCUGUGCUCAGGACACACUUUGAAGAGUCCAAUCUUAAGGUCCUCUGUGCUGUGCACCGAUGGGGAAUAGAUGUGAACGGCCUGUGUUUGACCCUGUAGCAGAUAGAACAAGAAGUCUUCACGGGAGCAUAGCUUCUCCUAUAAUAUUUCAGAAACAAACUAACACUGAUUAUUGCUUGACUUUCUGAAAAUAAGAACAACUUUAAUAUUAAGCGUGUAAUGUCGCCCAACUACCUGCAGAUGAUCAACUACAUAGUGGACAGACUGGAGGAAAGGAUUAACACCUCUGACAAGACGUUGCUCUUCUUGGGCGGGCCUGCAAUGAAAUGUAUGGCCACCUUCCAGAACAUCGACAUAUCCCAAGAGGAGGAUCAUGCCAGAAACAUUCUCCUUCAUGUCUUUGCUGUAGACAUCAACAACCACGCAUCAUUUCAAGUUGUGGUAGUAAUCAGUCUACAUGCAGUAAAUGAUCUUAUCAAAGUAUCACUAUCAAUACUCGGAAUAUGUACGACCCAAGGAGGUGCAUGUGUGACCACUCUCUGUGAUCAGGGAGUUGGUGCUGUUGCUGAUGUACAAGAGAAUAAAGGAUUGCCUGCAGUUCAGAGGCUCUCAAAACACCUUCCAAAAAUCAGCUAUGCUGUUUUGUGGUACCUGUUGAGGUCCCUACCCGUGAUGUUUCAACACUUCUCAUUUAAUCCAAAGACAACUUUGAAGUCACUGUUGUGUGUUAUUCCAAGCAUGCUUUCUCGUCAGCAACCCACUUUCAAGAUACCAACACUGGAAGAGAAUCAGAAGAUUUCUGUUAUACAUUGUCUGAUGAAAAAUUGCCUGUGGGUACGUAGAGAUGACACCACUGUAUUCUGGACGGAGCACCCCCAGGUGUUUCCCAGCAGCUUUGGAGCGAGCCUCAAUUUCAACAUCUCUGAGGAGAGUGCCAUACAUCUUGACAACAGCUUGGAACCUCACAUGAAACUGACUCAAAAGCAGCAGCCGGCUAAAACAUGGCUAUUUCAGCAUGUAUUAGGAAAAAGCCACAAUGAGAUGGCAUCAGCCGUUGCCCUGCGCACAUCCCAGCAAAAACCACUUUUUGGAUCUCUUUUGCAAGACGUGUGUGAGAAUGAUGAGCUGCCACAAGCAAUUCUGGAGAUGCUCUUCAUGAUUGAUCAAAAGGGUCCUGCCACAAAGACCAUCUUCAGUCAGUGUGCCAACUGGGAAGACUGUCAAGCCCUAAAGGAGAAGUUAAACUCUAGAGAGCAGGUCAACUGGGAAACCACAUGCCCUAUUUUGGUAGCAACCGUCUUGAAGGAUUUGCUUCAAAACAUACCUGGAAGUAUACUUACAGCCAACUUGUAUGAAGACUUCAUUGGAGUUCUGGAGGAAGGGAAUGAGGAGGCCAAGAUAGCCAUAAUUAAGAGGUUGCUCUUGUACAAUUUGUGCUUGAUCACUGCUUCAGGAUUUUUGGAAACCACCUAACUGCAACCAAUCAAGAGAAUGCAAAACGUGGGGACAACUACCGUGGAGUUUCUGGUACCAUGACUCAUUUAGCUGAAUUUGAUGAUGAACAGAUGGAAAUACG